AUGUAUUCACAAUUCGUCGGAUCUGUCGCAUGUAUUAUCAAGGCUACGUGCAAAAAUAAUACAUUUUCAGAAUUGUAUGAACUUAGUGCAUUAUGCAAUGUACUUAAAUGUAAUAUACGAAGCAUCUAUCCAAAAAUUGAUUUUCGAGAAGAUCUAGCAAUUAUGAAUAACCUCUUUAAACCAGCUCCACCUGUCAUUACCAACUGUGACAUCACAAUUUUAUGGUCUCACGUCUUGAACGAAAUAGAUGCACGAGCUUCAAAUAAUAAUGUAUGGAGUCCCAAUCAUUUUGUUCUUCUUCUAUCAUCAGCAGUGCAUUACACAUCUGAAUAUGGAAAUAAAUCACCAAAGUUUGCCACUCCUGAAAAGAAAACGUUUAAGAAUAAUACUCCUACUCGAAUACGAAGUCCUGAAUUUGAAUGUCCUCCUAGCAGCCGUCGACGUAUCGAUAAUAUGGGAAUGUACUCUACUCAAUCAAUCAGUUCAAGUGUAGUACAACAAAGUCAAAGUGGCAUAGAAGAACAACAUCGAGUUCAGCUUGAUGUACUAAAAGCACGAGCUCGGUCCAGUCGAAUGAACGAAACAACUGAGCAUCGUCAAAUUCGACUUGAAAAACAAAAAACACGAACUCAAUCGAAUCGAUCAAACGAAACAGAACAACAACGUCAAAUUCGACUUGAGAAGCAAAGGAAACGAAGCCAAGCAAACAGAGCGAAAAAUAAACUUGAAAAACACACAUUUGACAACAUUGACAUUCAUCGACAAAAUAUUGAAAUGCAAUUUAGUGGAACAGAAGAAGAAGCAUCUUGGAAUAAUAGCAGCACAAAUGAAAACGCCAUACAGAAAAAGAACGACUCAAAUUAUUCCUCUUGGCCUGAAUGGAUUCCUCGUGAAUUAAAAGAGACCUUUUCUGAUGAGCUCAAAAAUUUAAUUACUAAUGGUCCAUCAUCGUUAUCACAACAUUUAGACAGCAGCAGCACAACGAUUCUUCAAAAUAUUCAAAUUCCUUCAACUUUCGAUUCUUCAUCAUUUCAUUAUGAUAAUGGUGUUGUUUUGUAUACCAAUGGUUUAUUUCAACAAAACAAGAAUAUUGCUCAAUUACCUGAAGACGAUGUACCAGAAUGUAUUAUGUCAAUGAUGGAACAGAAGAUAGGUGAUGAAGAAAUUCGAUCUGAAAGAGCUGGAUAUAUUCCGGAUCCAUUAUCCGACCUAAUAGAACGUACUACCACAGAUAGUAUUCCUAUUAGUACCAGUGGUGUUCUCGAUGUCAACGGCUCAUCAGUGUCUUCAGAUGAAAUUACUAAUUAUCUUUUGCACAAAAUUAAAAAUGACGGAACAAAGAAACAGAUGGAUAUCGAAAGUGUUUAUUUGAUUCCUCAUUCUUUGGAGCCUGUUAACGAAUAUUUUAAUCCAAAACUAUUCGUAGGUCUGUAUCCAACUUUAUUCUGUUAUGGACGUGGAGCACUUGAAGAUCAAUCGCAUCCAGUCAAAGUAAAUUUACGAGAACACAUGCGUUAUCUGUUAUCGUACAAUGAUCGACGUUUUGAAAUGAACCACUGUUUUAUAUUUGUCGUCUUCAAACUAUUACAACGACGUGAUGCUUGUUUUCAUGCUCAGCUGAUCGCAACAAAAUCUUACUUUCGAGUAUCUGCUGAUGAAAUUCAAUCCUUGAAAAGUAAAGAUAUUGAAAUGGCGCUCGGUAACAUUUCCAAAAAAACAUACAGUUCGGAAUCCAGCAGUGCAUUAAAUAAAUUAUUACAUCAUAUUAAAACCAUCGGUGGUCGAGUUAUGGUUUUAGCAUAUUCACGUACGGCAUUACAUACACGUAUUCAUGCAUUAAUCUACAAUCAGGGACUACCAAGCAUUUUUUUAACUUUAAAUCUAGCUGAUAUUCACAGUCCCGUGGCAUUAUAUUUUGCUGGCGUCAAGUUUGAUUUGGACAAUAUUCAAAUGGAACAACUUAUGGAUAAUUACAAAAGAGCUGAAAUUAUAGCAUCUCAUCCUGUUGCUACUGCCAAAUAUUUCCAUUUAUUGAUCAGUAAUAUCUUAGAUACUAUGAUCGUUGGUGGUGUACUUGGCCCAAUAAAAGCUUACUUUGGUACCGUUGAAAGUCAAGGACGAGGUUCCCUUCAUUUGCAUCUUCUUAUUUGGCUUGAUCAUGAUAUGAAACUAGCUGAUAUGAAAGACAAAAUUCAAAAUGCUGAUUUUCGUGAAAAAUUGAAAGCAUAUCUAGAAGAUAUAAUCAAAGAAGAUUUAGAUGAAUCAAAAACAAACAUGUCUUCGAAAAUUUAG